AUGCCAGGUUCCAGACAAGCAGCGUCCCCCAGCCUCCCAGCCUCCGUGCCUGCCGCAACGAACACCGGGCCCAGACGCGGGGUUCCUGAAUCUCCCUGGGCCGAUCAAUCAAAUCUCCAUCUUUUUGGGGGUGGUGGUGGUGGUGGCCUGCGGGCUACGGCUACAGAGAGCUACAUGGGGGGGCCAUGCGCAUGGUUGUUGACGCCCAACUUUCGGCAUCACAAUCACAUUUGCGGGCUGUCAUGGUUCAUACAUGACGAUUAUCACGGUGUGGUGCUGCUGCUGCUCCACGGACAAUCUGGCGUGUUUACGGAAAAAGAAGAGCAGACUGGCAGAGUGGCAGACCGGGUAGCGUCAUGCGUCAUCGUCAACUUGAUACCGCCGGUCUGGCGAAUCGAUACCGAGGGGGGGUGCAAGUGCAAGUGCAAGUGCGUGCGUGUGCGGUGUGCAGCUGUGUGUGGGUAA